GUCCGCGUUUGCUCGGCUUCCUUCCCGUUCCAGUCGCUUGUCGGAUGUCAACACCCAGGAAUGCUCCGUACACCAAUCAGCAUUAAACCGAGCUCAGGAAGAGCCUGGGAAGGGGUGGGCUGUAGCUGCUUCCUAAGUUAACUAGAGCCUUCGCCUGAGACUGAGUGUCUUUGCAGCGAUGGGCAGAGGGAGGAUCACGGAGCUGACCGUGAGCGACAUCCGUUUCCCCACAUCUUUGGCCCACCAUGGCUCUGAUGCUAUGCAUCCUGACCCAGACUAUUCUGCAGCCUAUGUUGUCAUAGAAACUGAUGCUCCUGAUGGACUCAAAGGUUAUGGCUUAACAUUUACACUGGGCAAAGGCACAGAAGUGGUUGUCUGUGCAGUCAAUGCACUCUCUGUUCAUGUGGUUAAUAAAGACCUGGAUGAAAUAAUUGGCAAUUUUCGAGGAUUCUACAGGCAGCUCACCAGUGAUGGGCAGCUCCGAUGGAUUGGUCCAGAGAAAGGAGCUGUGCAUUUGGCGACAUCUGCCAUUCUAAAUGCUGUCUGGGACUUGUGGGCUAAACAGGAAAGAAAGCCUCUCUGGAAGCUGCUAGUUGACAUGGAUCCCAAACAAUUGUUGUCUUGCAUAGAUUUCAGGUAUAUUACAGAUGCACUGACAGAAAAAGAAGCUUAUAUGAUACUUCAGAAUGGUCUGACAGGGAAAAAAGAGAGAGAAGAACACAUGUUAAAAUACGGCUACCCAGCUUACACCACAUCGUGUGCCUGGUUAGGCUAUCCAGACCAGCAACUGAAACAGCUAUGUACUGAAGCGCUGAAGGAUGGAUGGACCAGGUUCAAAGUAAAAGUUGGAGCAGAUCUCCAGGAUGACAUUCGAAGAUGCAGGCUUGUUAGACAAAUGAUUGGUCCUGAAAACAUACUGCUGCUGGAUGCUAACCAACGAUGGGAAGUAGAAGAAGCCAUAGAGUGGGUCACUAAACUAGCUGAAUUCAAACCACUAUGGAUUGAGGAACCAACUUCCCCUGAUGAUAUUCUUGGACAUGCAACCAUUUCUAAGGCUUUAACACCAUUAGGGAUUGGUGUUGCUACAGGAGAACAAUGCCAUAAUAGAGUGAUAUUUAAGCAGCUCCUACAAGCUCAAGCCUUGAGCUAUGUCCAGGUGGAUAGUUGCAGGCUGGGAAGCGUCAAUGAGAACUUGUCUGUGUUGCUGAUGGCCAAGAGGUUUCAAAUCCCUGUUUGUCCUCAUGCUGGAGGGGUUGGGCUCUGUGAGUUGGUACAGCACUUGAUAAUAUUUGACUACAUAUCAGUAUCUGGUAGCCUUAAUAACAGGAUGUGUGAAUAUGUAGAUCACCUACACGAACAUUUCAAGUAUCCUGUGACAAUCAAAAAUGCAUCUUACAUGCCACCCCAGGCAGCUGGAUAUUCCACUGAAAUGAAAGAAGAUUCUGCAAGGAAAUACCAGUUUCCACAAGGAGAAGUCUGGCAGAAGCUCUUAUCUGAACAUAAAAUACAGCUGAAAUAAGCUUAAACCCUAGGAGUUUUCAGGCUGAAGAUUAAACUUCCCAGAGCUAUUUUUACAACUGCAAGUAGUUGCUUUUGCUGAAUCUACAUGAAAAUUUCAGAUUCAAGUAUGUGUUUAUGUAAGCUAGGAAAAGCUUUAAUCAAAAUAGAUUCAGUCCCAAUUAUAGAACUUUUGAUCAGUUUAAGGAAAAAAAUAGGAACCUUUUAAUACUUAUGCUUAAGGGAUACGUGAUUCAUUUUUCCUGGAGCUUUUCCAGAAACUGCAGGAUUAUAUAAUGAAAAAGAUUUUACUUUUCUCUGUGUUGUCUGCUAGUUUUAGAAGUUUCAAAUAAAAUAGCUGGAGGACCAAAA